GCAAUACGCACAAAGCAGAAAAUCAAAAUGGCUCUCCGCUUCAUUUUCGUAUUCGUUGCCACAAUCGUCCUGGCUCAAGGAUCAAAUAUUUCGCCACUUGAGCAGGAGACUCUGGUGGGAGUGCAUCACUCUGGAGUGUCUUCAUCUGGAGUAUCUUCAUCUGGAGUGGCUUCAUCUGGAGUGGCUUCAUCUGUAGUGGCUUCAUCUGGAGCUCCUGUCGUUGGUGUUACCCGUGGUCGCUCGGUUGCUUCUCAGGCUCAGCGUCCUGCCUCUGGUCACGGAUCCAUCUCUGGACCUAUUCAAGGAUCCCGUCGAGUGGGCGCAGUUUCAGCGGCCGGAUCUCGUCCUCAUGGUGGUGCUCCUCGUCGUUCUUCUACAGGCACUUAUGGUCGUCCCAUCGCAGGAGGAGCUGCCCCAGGAAAUGCCCACCGCAACCGCAACCAGAAACCAUAUUAAAUGCACCUUCAAAACUGUACAUCAUUCUGUCCCGAUCCGAAAAAAAUGUUUCAAACCCAAUCAUUUAAAUGAACUCUACGCUGUUCUUUCAUAACUCUAUAUCUAAUAGCCAUACUCUGCAAAUAAAAUUUUGAUAAGCAUA